AUGAAAGGAUCUCAAACAAGUGGAGAGUCACUUAAACUGGAAAUGUCUCAAAAGGGAUUCAGAGCAGCUUACGUGCCUGAGGGAAUCCAGAUGGCUAUGGUUGGUGCUAAUCAGUGGAGGGGAGGCUACAAGCGGUACACAGGACACACACUAACAGGGUCAUAUGAACCCAUGGUUAUGGAGCCUGACAGUUAUCUUGGUUACUCCAUGGCUGUGGCUACAACUGCAGAUGGCCAACUGACCAUCAUUGGUGCUCCAAGAUAUCAACACAGAGGAGUUGUGAUGGUGGUUUCCAGAGACAAAGACAAACAAAAACUUGAGCCAAACAAACAUGAGAUCCAGAUUGGUGAAUUUUUUGGGGCAGAGGUUUGUACCAUGGAUUUGAAUCUUGACAGCUACACUGAUCUAAUCAUCAUAUCUGCUCCGAUGUACAAGGACUCUGAUCGAGAGGGACGAGUUUACAUUUGCACAUUGACCCACUUGAAUGUUGAGUGCUAUUUUGAGUCUCCAUUAGUACUAAAAGGGGCUGCUGACAGAGGAAGGUUUGGGUCUUCUCUCGCUGUUCUGCCUGAUCUAAACAACGAUGGAUUUAGUGAUUUAGCAGUUGGAGCACCUUUGGAGAACGAUGGUCAAGGCAGCAUCUACAUAUUCCAUGCUGAAGGAGGCCAAAGAAUCAAUCCUGCUUACUCACAGAGAAUUGCUGCCUCUGAGGUUCAGUCAGGACUAAAGUUCUUUGGCAUGUCGAUCAGUCAGUGGAGUUUCGAUCAGAGUGGUGAUGGUCUGCCUGACUUAGCGGUGGGUUCAAAUGGCACAGUUGUCUUACUGAGAUCAAGGCCUAUAGUGAUGGUGAAAGCAACUGUCACCUUCAACCCAAAUGAAAUCCCAACUCAAACUGUGGACUGUUCAAAUCCCCUGGAGAACAAAGCUGAAAUCUGCUUUACUAUGAGCAGACACUCUGAAGUGAACACAGCUCAAGCACAGAUUAAUUACACUUUUACGCUGGAUGCUACCAGGAAGACCCCAAACAACCGAGCUUACAUCAGAGAGAAACUACGAGAGGAAACUGGAUCACUUGUUCUGGACUUAAAACGUCGACAGUGCAGCAGUGUGAAUUUUUUCAUUGAGGCCUGUCCAGAAGAUAUUCACAAUCCACUUAUGAACGAGCUCAGAUUCACCUUCGAAGGUUUACCUUCUGACACAAAUCUUAAACCAAGUCUGGCCCAGCAGGCUCAAACAACAACCUUUCAUCCAUUGAGGUUUGAGAUCAACUGUGGUGCUGAUGAGAAAUGUGUUGAUAAUCUGAAAGUGGACUUCAACUUCACCAGGUCCUCGUUGAUUGUCGUUGGCAUUGAUGAGCUUUUGGAUGUGACGGUCUCUGUGGAGAACAGGGAGGAAAACUCAUACAACAGUCUUAUUAUUCUCACAUAUCCAGCUGGGCUCUCCUACAGGAAGUUUUCAGCUCUGCAGGGAAGAAUUCAGUGCAGCUCUUUGGACAGUGAAAAUGGAGUAACUCGAGGAAAGACAGACUGUACUAUUGACAAACCAGUUUUCAAAAGCAACUCCAAGGCUGUCUUCAUUGUCUCCUAUGGGAUUGGAGCCAAUAGUCAACUUGACAGGAAGAUCUUUGUCACUGCAAACGCCACCAGUGGGAAUCAGGAGCACUCCCCUUCAAGCGAACUCUACAAGAGGAAAGAGAUCGAUGUGAAAUACAACAUUUUUGUUUCAGUUGAAAGCUCCCUCAACUACUGCAAUUUCACGUUUGGAACAAAUAAUUUGCAGAAACCAGUCCAACAAUCAAUCAAGGUUACAAAUAGCAUCAGAGCAUUUAAUUUCACUGUGGUGAUCAGGGUUCCUGUAAAGCUCGGUAACAAAGAUAUUUGGGUGGAUUUGAGCAGUCUGCAGAUUGCAGACUGUCAACGAGACAAAGAUGAAGAACCUGUUGUCACUGAUAUUGUUGCUCAGAUAAAGGAAAAUAAAAUAGUGGACUGCUCUGUAGCCAAGUGCAGAGUGUUUAGGUGCAGCCGGUUCAUGGGAAGAAAGGAGAGUAAGACAUAUACAAUCUCUGCCAACCUUAGUUCAGCAUGGAUAGAGCAGAUUGCACUUCCAUCUGCCAAAUUCCUCUUAACCAGCACGGCCAGUCUGGAGUACGACAGAGACCAGUACAUCUUCUACUCAACAGCAACUAAUAACAACCCACCUGUUCACAAAAUUGAGACAGAGGUAGAAGUGUAUCCUGUACCAGAUUUCACCAAAGAGAUUGUAGGAGGUUCUCUGGGAGGGUUGGCUUUUCUAGCUUUACUCACUGCUGGUCUGUAUAAGGCUGGGUUUUUUAAGAGCAAAUACAAUGAGAUGAUUAAUGAAGAUGGAAAAGGAGCCACAGAGACAGCAGCUGAUGGAGGUGCACCCACAGGAGAAGAAAAAUCUUAUUAUUCUUCAUCUCAAAGAAACCACCCAUUCCCCACAUCCAGUAUUUUCCAUUUGUACCAUUAACCUGUUGACUGCAGUUGACUACAAAACCAACCCAUCUUACUAUUUCAGGAAAUCUCUAUAAAUGAAAUAUCUAUGCCACCACUUUAAGAAACCAGCCUGUGUGUUUGUGAAAUCUCUCACUGGGGCAGA